UGCACUAUGCACUGCCUCGGGCUCCUGCUCUUCCUCCUGCAGCUCUGUGCGCGUCUUGACGCGGCGGCUGUGGAGUUGCUCCCCGGUAAAAGUCCCUUAUCACCGACCUCGUUUCCACACACACUCGCCUCAUCCAGCACCAAGCGCUUCCCCAGAGCGAGAAAAGACUCCGUAGAGCCUCACGACUACAUGCUGUCUAUCUAUAAGACUUUUUCGGCUGCAGAGAAACUGGGACUGAACGCGAGCUUUUUCCGUUCGUCUAAAGCCGCAAACACCAUUACGAGUUUUGUGGAUAAUGGACAAGAUGACUCUCCAAACUCUCCACUAUGGACCCAGAAGUAUCUCUUUGACAUCUCAACCCUUUCUGAAGUCGAGCUGCUGGGUGCUGAAAUAAGAAUCUACACAAAAGCCUCUGGACACUUCCCAACAUCUGACGCAGGUUCCAUGGAGAUUCAGCUUCUUUCCUGCCAGACUCACAAACGUCUGGAUUCCAAAAUCCUAGACUUGCAGGAUUCUCACAAAGCAAGAUGGGAAGUCCUGGAUGUGUGGGAAAUUUUCUCAGAACGGCAUAUGCAUACAAAACGAAACUUCUUCUGUCUGGAGCUCAGAGCUUCCUUUGACAAUCCUGAGAGGGAAAUCGACUUAAGGCAGCUUGGAUUACACAGAUACGGGCGCCCACAGCAGAAGAAAGCCAUAUUGCUCGUGUUCACCAAGUCAAAGAAGAGGCAGAGCUUGUACUAUGAAAAAAAUGGAAAAAUUAAAUUGGACCCUGAGCAUGCCGGAAAGGAGAAAUUCCCUCGGGUAAAACCUAAGCGGAAGCGCCGGACAGCGUUAAACAACAAGGGCAAAAAAACGGGGAGAAAGUCUAAGUCUCGAUGCAGCAAGAAGCCAUUGCAUGUAAAUUUCAAAGAACUAGGUUGGGAUGACUGGAUUAUCGCCCCUUUGGAUUAUGAAGCAUAUCAUUGUGAGGGUAUAUGUAACUUUCCUCUUCGGUCUCAUUUAGAGCCCACUAAUCAUGCCAUCAUACAGACUUUGAUAAACUCUAUGAACCCUGGCAACAUGCCACCCAGCUGCUGUGUGCCUUCUAAACUUAGCCCCAUCAGCAUCCUGUACAUCGAUGCUGGGAAUAAUGUAGUGUACAAACAAUAUGAGGACAUGGUUGUGGAAUCAUGUGGGUGCAGGUGACUGAGUGUGCUCUACAAUUUUUAGAGAACAAAUACUCAAUCACGCCUCUGAGAUUAAUCUAGAGACUGGAGUUAAACAUUAGAGCUUGUAGACCAGUCAUUAGUAGCUACAAUUCCAUAAUGCGAAGUAUUCACCAAUGAAAAUAUGAGAUUAGAUCUGAAGCCAUGGUUAUAUCAUAUUCUGGAAUUAAACACUAGCCUUCACAACAGACAAAAAUAGAUUAAGCAAGAUCAUUUUAAAUUUGACUGCUCUACCUUAUACAUUUACUUUCACCCAAUAAGAUACUAUAUAAUACAACAUAAUAAAAUGCCAGAAUGAACAGGAUAUCCGUCAUUUUGUAAAUGACUUGUACAAUCAUUGAUUUCAUGGUAAAUAUAGUAAAUCUCUUUCUAAUUUAAACUGUAUUCUAAUAAAUUAUUCUAACCAAUACUGUAGGUAUAACUUUGUAUUUAAGACCUGUACUUUUGUAGACUAAAAUUGUGUAUCUACCUCAUCGAAUAGCAUUUUAUAUCUUUCUAUAUGUAUACGAGUG